AUGGAGAUAUCUACAGUUUCUGGUCCUACAAUUGAUGAACCUCAAGUUAGCUCGAACGGUGCUGCUUUUUAUGUAUAUUUGACAUUAGGCUCACUGGGAUUGAUAGGAAAUGCAUUCGUGUGUCUGGUUAUGAUAAGAUAUAGGAAUGUGUUCAACUCGUCAACUAACAAACUCAUCAUCCACCAAUCUGCAGUGGAUUUUCUGACCUGUCUAGUGUUUAUUCUGCGCCUCUGCUUGGUGAUAUCGCCAGGAAAUGUGCCCCAGAACACACUGGGUACAUUCUAUUGUAAACUUUGGUCGUCCAGCUUACCACAAUUUGCGUUGUUCAUCACAUCAAGUUACAACCUGGUUGCAAUCUCCAUUGAAAGAUAUUAUGCGACCUGUCAGCCUAUCAGACAUCGUAACCUUUUUUCAAGCCGUCGACUCAAGAUUAUCAUGGCUGCUGCCUGGAUAUGUGGUUGGGUUCCGGAGUCACACGCCGUGUUUAUAGCGCAAAGGAUCGCUGGGGAUUGUUCGUUUAUUUGGCCAAGUCCUGAAACUCAAGCUUUAGGUGGUUUCUUGGUAUUCUCCAUAGAGAUAUUCAUCCCGAUCGCAGUAAUUAUCUUUGCCUACACUAAAAUCAUCUCAGAGCUCCGUACGCGAUCCAGAGCCAGGGCUGAAGACAACAAUCAAGAUGCGAGAAACAUGCUGUCUAGAGCCAACAAGAACGUCACCAAGACAUUACUGGUAGUGGCUGUCUUCUUCGGUAUCUGUUGGACCCCUGCAAGCAUCAGCUACUUGCUGUUUAAUUUCGGUAUCAAUAGUUUUGUCAGUUACAACAGCGCGUUGCCGGCAGUCACUACCAUUGUCACGGUGAAUCUGUGCAUUAACCCGGUCAUCUACUGCUUCACAUAUGAACGCUUUCAGAAACAAGCCAAAAAGAUGAUAUGUGGUGGAUAUCAACACAAUGUCAACCGUGUGGACACCACUAGUGGAUCAACAAGGCAGGUAACAAACGCACAACACACCGCUCAGGUUUCAGUUAUUAGUGCACCGAGCAUUCCGCAUGUUGAACCUUAA